AUGGCCGCGAAUCGCGGCGGCGCGUCAAUUGUCACCCGCAAGCUGAUGCAUGCUGUCGCGCUGCUGUCUCUCGCGCUCGCCGCCACGACGACAACUCCGAGGCUGCUCGUCGCGGCCGCCGCUGCUCCGCCCAGCCCCGAUAGUGAGUUACUUAACGCUCGGAGGCACUCAAAGAUGCAGCGAGAAACAGCAACUUCUUUGUACUGCCAGGUUGGGGGAACGCCAUGGAUCCCAUCCCUGCGACCUGCUCCUCUUCCCGCCCCCUCUGUCCCCGCCGCCACGUCUCCCGGUGCAGAGGCCGCGCUGUUGGCGCCGAGGGACGCGAGGAGAGGCUGCAAUCCUACUGUGCUGCCAGAAGCCGCGCUGUUGGCGCUGAGGGAUGCGUUGAGACGCAGCAACCCCGCUGCGCUGCCGGAAUGGGGGAACGCCAUGAAUCCCUGUGAUCCCUCUUUGUGGUCGCCUCGCCUCAAAUGCAACAGUGCUGGACGCGUUAUAAGCCUCAACCUGGCGAACGAGUUGCUGAAAGGGCCCAUCCCAGGGAAGCAGCUGGCGGCUCUGGCUGGUCUGCAACGCCUAGGCAUGGGAUACAACGCACUGACAGGGCCCAUCCCAAAGGAGCUCUCAGCCCUCUCCAACCUCACUGUCCUAUCGUUAGAGGGCAAUCAAUUGAAGGGCCCAGUUCCCGAGUGGCUGGGAUCGCGACUCUUAAAGCUAGUGAACGUCCGUCUCGCCAACAACCUUCUCAGUGGCACUCUGCCAAGCACCCUUGGGGGAUUCAAGAACUUGCAGUCGCUUGACCUUGCCAGCAACCACCUCUCAGGGCAGCUGCCGUCCACCCUUCAGCACUGCCGCCUUUUAGAGCACUCGUUGCCAUGUCCCUCCCUCGUCUUCCCCCUUGCCUUACCCACCAUGCCUCCCCUCCCAGUGACCUCGGCAGCAACCGAAUCUCAGGGCAGCUGCCGUCCAGCCUCCAGCACUGCCGUCUCUUGCAGCAGUUAUCCAUCCCAGCCAAUCAGCUCACAUACACUGCUCCCUCGUGCCUUGCUUUCAGAGCACAAAUCGCUCCCCCUCCUUCCCCUCCCUCCUCCUCCUCCCUCCCCUCCUUCCCCUCCCUCCUCCUCCUCCCUCCCCUCCUUCCCCUCCCUCCUCCUCCUCCCUCCCCUCCUUCCCCUCCCUCCUCCUCCUCCUCCCUCCCCUCCUCCCUUCCCUCCUCCUCCUCCCUCCCCUCCUUCCCCUAUCACCAGAUCCAUCCCAGCCAAUGAGCUCUCAGGAACGGUUCUAGAGUGGCUCGGGAUCCCCCUCGUCCCGUCCACCAUCCAUCUCCCUCCCCCCUCUCCCUCCCCCCUCUCCCUCCCCCCUCUCCCUCCCCCCUCUCCCUCCCCCCUCUCCCUUUCCCCUCUCCCUCCCCCCUCUCCCUCCCCCCUCUCCCUUCCCCCUCUCCCUACCCCCCCCUCCCUCCCGCCCAUCCUCCCUGUCACUAGUGAGCUCUACUCCAACCGCCUGUCCGGCCGUAUUCCCCCCAGCCUGGCCGGUGCCUCUGCCCUGGAAUCAAUAGCAAUAGACGACAAUCGCCUCUCGGGUCCCCUCCCCCCAGCACUCGGAAGCCUUCCCAGUCUCGACGCACUCUAUCUUGCAAGUAACUCCCUGGAAGGCCCCAUCCCUGCCACCUUCAAGCGCCUGAACAGCCUCAUGUACCUGGACCUGAGUUACAACAAGCGCAUCAACGGAUCCAUCCCAGCCUUCAUUGGAAACCUCUGGCUGCUCGAGUCCCUGGUCAUGGAGCACUGCAACCUCUCAGGCCCCACUCGCCCGUCUCUAGGCGGCCUCAGCCUCCUCGUGGACCUCUUUCUCUCCUCCAACCGCCUCCCACUUGAUGUCCCUUGCAUUCUUUCCCCCUGUUCCCGCCAUCCCGCCUCCUAUCACAGCAUUGAAGCAUUGCCAUCUCACGGGCCCCAUUCCUCCGUCCAUAGGGCCAUAGAGCAUUGCAGCCUGACAGGCCCCAUCCCCUCCUCCCUAGGCGCCCUCAGCCUCCUCGUGGAAAUCUUCCUCUCCUCCAACCGCCUCUCCGGCCGCAUCCCAGCAACUCUCGGCGGUCUAGAGUCGCUCAACAAGCUCUAUCUCAGCCGCAACCGCCUCACCGGGAGAAUUCCGGCCCAGCUGUGCCGCCUGUCUAACAGCUACGAGCUCAGCGUGGCUCGCAACGGGCUGAAUGGGACGAUCCCAACUUGCCUGACUGCCCUGCCGCGUCUGAAACUGCUCGACGUAUCUCGCAACCACCUCACGGGCUCACUCCCUCCCAUCCCGAAGCAAUCCAAUCUCCGCUUCGUGUAUGCCGAGGCCGCGCUGUUGGCGCUGGGGAUGCACUUGAGAGGUAGUAGCAACCCCACAGUGCUGCUUGGAUGGAAGAAUGCGGAUCCCUGCAAGCGACGCCCCUCUCCCCGUCCGCCUUGUCCCUCCCGCCUCUCCUUCCUGUGCAGAGGCCGCGAAGCUGUGCUGUUGGCGCUGAGGGACGCGCUGAGAAGCAGCAAUCCCGGUGCGCUGCCCGGAUGGGUGAAUGCGGAUCCCUGCGACCCUUCGUGGACCUUUCGCCUCAAAUGCAACAGUGCUGGACGCGUUAUAAGCCUAAAUUUUGCGACUGAACUGCUGAAAGCGCCCAUCCCAGGGAAGCAGCUGGCUGCUCUGGCUGAUCUUCAACGACUCGACAUGGGAUACAACACACUCACAGGGCCCAUCUCAAAGGAGCUCUCAGCCCUCUCCAACCUCACCUUCCUAUCCUUAGAGGCCAAUCAAUUGGGAGGGCCAGUUCCCGAGUGGCUGGGAUCACGACUCUUAAAGCUAGUGACCGUGCGUCUCGCUGACAACCGUUUUAAUGGCACUCUGCCAAGCACCCUGGGGGACCUCAAGACCUUGCAAACUCUUGACCUUGGCAGCAACCACCUCUCAGGGCAGCUGCCGUCAACCCUUCAGCACUGCGGCCUCUUGCAGCAAUU